AUGGGUGGCAUGAUCCUGAAAAUCGCUUGGGCACUCUUAGCUGCUAUCUCGGGGUUGACCGCGACCUAUGCGCAGUCUAUGCCGGAGGAUGAAUGUGCGACAGGUGUUCAUGCCAUUAUCGCUAGGGGUCAAGGCGGGGGCGAUGACUUGAAUGUGAUGAGCACUCUUUCAGACCUGAUCUUGAAGCAGAUCCCCGGCUCGACCACCCUCGGCUUACCCUACGAUCAUGAGAACGUCCUAACUGACUUUGCAAAACUGCACACCGUUCAUGACGGUGCUGUUUUAAUGCAGCAGUUCGUACAGGAGUACAGCGAAAGCUGCCCUCAAGCUAAGAUUGUGGUAGUCGGAUAUUCAAUGGUGCGCCAUUAUCAAACCAACAUGUGA